UCCUCCUGUUUAUAGACUAUCUCUGCAGCUAGCCGCUAGUGUCAACAGAAGAGCUGCUAGCAGCGGCUUUUCUCUGCUAACAGCUGCAUUAACGGAGGAGUUACCUUCUGGGUGAAGCUGACAGCGAGAGAAACGGCCAGAAGAACCGGCUGGUGAGGAAGAGGAGGUUAAUUCAUCCUGGUUACUGUAAAGGUUUCAGCCUGUAAAUGUGAGCUGAUUGAUGGACUGCAGGUCAGAGGUGACAGGUGACUGUGCAAUGAUGGAGGAUUAAAGCCCUGAUGGAGCCUCAGGGGAAGAGCUCUGAAGAUGAUGAUGGAGGAGAGCGGGGUCUCCUCCACUCCUGGAGGGGCUACUCCUGCAGCUUGGUCCCAGAGAGGCUCCUCCUCCAACGGCCGGUGCUCCAGGUGGCCCUUGGGGCCCAGCAUGGAGUGCUGUUGGUGGAAGGAGGACAGGUGUAUAGUUUCGGAGAGUUACCAUGGAAGCAGGCCCAGGUCGCCCAGGCGACGAAGCCAACCCUUGAGAACGCCCUUAGCGGUCAGCGAGUUGUUUCCGUGGCAGCGGGGAGCUUCCACAGCGGGGCGGUGACAGAAGACGGCAGCGUCCACAUGUGGGGGGACAACGGGGCGGGCCAGUGCGGCCUGUCGGGCCUCAGCUGUGUGCCCAACCCCACGCCGGUGGCUUUGUCGGACCCAGGCGGCACCCAGACGGCGCCGGUCCUGGAGCUGGCCUGCGGGGAGAAACACAGCCUGGCGCUGUCGGUGCAGAGGGAAGUGUGGGCGUGGGGCAGCGGGUGCCAGCUGGGCCUGAACACCGACGUCUUCCCCGUGUGGAAACCUCAGAGGGUGGAGCAGCUGGCUGGGAGGUUCGUGCUGCAGGUGGCCUGCGGGGCCUCCCACAGCCUGGCCCUGGUGCGCUGCCCAGGGCUCGAGGGCCUCCAGCGCCCUCCUGUGGACAAAUGCAACCAGUGUAACCAGCUGCUGUACACCAUGACGGACAAGGAGGACCACGUCAUCAUCUCUGACAGCCACUACUGCCCGCUGGGGGUGGAGGCCAAAGAGGAGCCCGCUCCCACCCAAACGCUGAAAACAUCCCCAUCUGAACCCGUCCUGCCCUCCCACAGCAGCUCUAGUUCAACCCCAGCAGAUCCCACCCCGGACCCUCAGGACCCUCAGAAAGCAAACCUCACUAACGGAGCGCCCCCGCCCUCUGACUCGGACCCCCCAGCUCCUCCUAAAGCCGUUAAAAGCUCCCCUUAUCCAGACGAACAGGAGGUAAAGGAGUAUCUGAGGAAGCUGUCGGACACGUCGCAGGCGGAAACCAAGAUGGCGGCAGGAGGUCUGCACACCAUGCAGCCGUCAUCGUCUGGACGCAGCUCUUCCGCUCUCAACAGCCUGGUGGCUUCCUGCGCCUCGGCGGUGGGCGAGCGGGUGGCCUCCACCUACGAGGCCCUGUCCCUGAAGAGGAUGAUGAACUUCUACCUGCCGUCACGGCUGGAGGUGCUCGGCGGGGCGGCUGACGGCUCUGCCGAGCGAGUCCGCAGGGAGGAGUCGGUGCAGACCAAGAAGAGCUCCAGCACGGGGGACAUCCAUGAGGAGGAGGCGGAGGGUCUGCGACGCCGCCUCUCACUGCCGGGGCUCCUCUCUCAGGGUAGAUACGCUGUUCACCUCUUAUCCUCCUCCUAUGGGCCGCUGCUGUCGCCGAGGCUUUUGAGGAAAAUGGGACGCGGACCGAAGACGAGGACCUUCGCCCUCACGCCAAUGGGAGGGGGCGUCCCUGAGGACCAGGAGGUGUUUCCCACCCUGCAGACCGAGGUGUGGAGCUGGGGACACGGCGAGCACGGCGAGCUAGGACAUGGAGACAACCUGGCCAGACUGCAGCCGCUCUGCAUCAAGAGCCUGAACAAGAAGGAAGUGAUCCGUGUGGCGGCCGGCGCUCAUCAUUCCAUCGCUCUGACGGCUCAGUCUCAGGUGUAUUCAUGGGGCAGCAACAUCUGCGGUCAGCUGGGACACAUGGAGACUCCCAGCACCGUCCCACGCCUCGCAAAGCUGUCGGAGGGGAUCAGGGUGUGGGAUGCGAGUGCAGGAGAGCAACACACUCUGCUGCUGGCCGACGGAGACUGCAUCCAGCCCAUCAUUUACUACAGCGGGCGGCAGGUGAAGGAGGAUGAGGAGGGAGGAGCAACAGAAGAGGAAGAGGAGCGGGCAGGAGGCUGCACCCAGCAGCCUGUCCUGCUCCCUUUCUGCAUGAACCUCGGCUACGUCAGCAGCGUAGCCGCGGGCGGUCGUAAGUGCGCUGCGCUCUCCGACAGGAACGUCAUGGGCUUCAUCGCCAGCCUUCACGAAUUGGCGUCAGCAGAGAGGAAGUUCUACUGUAAACUAUCAGAUGUCAAAUCUGAGGUCAUACGCCCCCUGCUGGAGCUGGAGGCUCUGAGCUCGGCGCUGGGGCCGGUGGUCACCGAACUCCUGCAGACGUUGGCGGGUAGAUUCGGUGUGUUGGCUCGUCUGACGGGCCAGCACGCCGCCAGCCUCACCGCCAGUCUCCGACGGGGCCGUGACGUAAAGACCCUUCUCAUCCUCGACCACGCCAGCAUCUUUCUAGACUUGUAUAACGAUUACUUCUCAGCUGUGGGUAACUUCUUCGUGAUGGGUGGUUUCCAUGCUCUUACAAAACCGUCCCUGGACAUCUUUGGGAAAACCCCUGAGCUGCUGCAGAGGCUGCUGGAAAGCGGCGAGGAGAACGCAUCCACCUCCGACCUCCUCACUGCACUUUUCUACCUCCCAUUGCAGCACCUGCACGAAUACAGUCGCCUGCUGCUCAAACUGACCACCUGCUUUGAAGUGAGCUCCGGUGACUACCAGAAGCUGCAGGACACCUGCUCCAAGUUUGAAGCUCUGACUCUGCAGCUGAAGAGGAAAAGGAAAGAGGCUGAAUACACCUUCCACUUCUGGAAGAGCUUUCCAGGGAAAAUGACGGACUCCCUGAGGAAACCUCACCGCCGACUGAUCUACGAAAGCAGCAACAAAUCUCUGACCGUGCAGAAUGCCGGGAGGUUCUCCGUCAACUGGUUCAUCCUCUUCAAUGACUCUCUGGUGCACGCGCAGGGCGUGGCACCUUGUAAAAACUUCUUCUCCACCCAUCACAUCUUUGCCUUGGCCACGCUGUGGGUGGAGCCGACUCCAGAGGACGAUUCUGGACUACAUGGCUUGAAGGUGGUGACGCCUGAGGAGACUUUAACGCUUAUGGCCUCAUCUUCUGCUGAGAAGACUAAGUGGCUCCGUGCCAUCAACCAGGCAGUGGAUCAGGCUCUGAACGGAGCGGCACAGGACGCCGGCAGCCCUGGGUCGAAGGCGGAGCCUCCGAUCUCCAGGACGGCUUCCUACACCUUCUAUAAAGACGGGCGGUUGAAGGACGCCACUUACGAGGGCCGUUGGCUGGCUGGGAAGCCUCACGGCAGGGGUAUUUUAAAAUGGCCUGAUGGGAGGAUUUACACGGGAUCUUUUAAGAACGGGCUGGAGGAUGGCUUUGGGGAGUUUAUUUGGCCCAAUAAGGCUCUGAACAAAGAUGAUUUCUAUCAAGGUUAUUGGAAAGAGGGGAAAAUGCACGGCCUCGGGACAUACCGGUACGCAAGCGGUGAAGUUUACGACGGUUCCUUCCAGGAUGGCGUGCGGCAAGGCCACGGGAUGCUGCGCAGCGGAAAGCACAACACCUCAUCCCCCAGCGUCUUCAUUGGACAGUGGCUCCAGGACAAGAAGACGGGCUACGGAGUCUUCGACGAUAUCACAAAAGGGGAGAAGUACAUGGGAAUGUGGCAGGAACACCAACGGCAGGGCAUGGGGGUUGUUGUCACCCAGUUUGGUCUGUACUAUGAAGGAGCUUUCAAAGACAACAAGAUGAUGGGUACUGGAAUCCUUCUGUCUGAGGACGACACGACCUACGAGGGGGAGUUUUCUGAUGAAUGGACCCUCAGCGGAAAGGGCGUUCUCACCAUGCCUAACGGUGACUACCUGGAGGGCUCCUUUAGUGGCGAGUGGGGGUCUGGUCUUAAAGUGACAGGCUCCUAUUUCAAACCAAACCUGUUCGAAGCUGAAAAGGACAAGAACCGCGCCGUAAAGCUCGGCCGUCUGAGCGUGAGAGCGGAGGAAAAGUGGCAGGCGGUGUUCGAGGAGUGCUGGAGUCAGCUGGGCUGCGAGGCAGCAGGGCAUGGGGAGCACUGGAAGGCCUGGGAAAACAUCGCUGUGGCCCUGACCGCCAACAGGCAGCAAAUACAUGACAGCCCAGAUACUUUGUCUCGGAGUCAUAGUAAAACCCUGGAGUCUCUGGAGGUGAUCCCCCAACAUGAUGGACCGAUCACAAUGGAGAGAUAUCAUAGCAUCCGACUCUAUCUGAUCAAGGCAUGUGACACCCCCCUCCACCCGCUGGGCCGGCUGGUGGAGACCCUGGUGGCGGUCUACAGGAUGACCUACGUUGGCGUUGGAGCAAACCGUCGGCUGCUGCCUCAGGCAGUCAACGAGAUCAAGUCUUACCUCUGUCGCAUCUUCCAGAUCGUCCGGUUUCUCUUCCCCGACCUGCCAGAAGAGGGCGGUCUAAUACCGGAGCCUACAGAAGGUCCUGAAGGCAGUAAGCAGGAUGCCGCAGACGCCCGAGCAGAAUCGCCCAAACCAGGCCGCGUGGUGAGCAGCUCGGCUCUGCUGCUCCCCGUCCUCCUGCCUCGCCUCUACCCUCCGCUCUUCACCCUCUACGCUCUGGAAAAGGAGAAGGAGGACGACAUGUACUGGGAGUGCGUCCUGCGCCUCAACAAGCAGCCCGACCUCGCCCUGCUCGCCUUCCUGGGGGUCCAACAAAAAUUUUGGCCCGUUUCCAUUCCUAACGCUCCACCCACUCCGGGCGAGAGGCAGCCGGUCAUCCCGACCACAAAGGACGCCUGCUUCGCCUCGGCGGUGGAAACUCUGCAGCAGAUCAGCACGACUUUCACGCCGUCGGAUAAGCUGCAGGUUAUCCAGCUCACUUUCGAGGAGAUCACCCAGGAGGUGCAGUUGCUGCUGAAGCAGGACUUCCUGUGGUCCAUGGACGACCUCUUCCCCGUCUUCCUCUACGUUGUGCUGCGCGCCCGAAUCCGCAACCUCGGUUCAGAGGUGAGCCUCAUCGAAGACCUAAUGGACCCUUGCGUUCAGCACGGAGAGCAUGGGAUCAUGUUCACCACCUUGAAGGCCUGCUACUACCAGAUCCAACACGAGAAGAUUUCAUAGAACGAUUCCUGCGUUUUUCCCCUCUUCCUCCUUCACCGGUUCAGCCGAUGACGGGAAGUUGGUAAAACUCAAGUCUGCUUGCUCAGGAAGUAGAGUUUGAUCAUCACCCGUCUUGACUUUUUUCCGUUCUGAUCGGGAAGAUGGAAACAUAAACAGCGAGCUGCUUUCUCCUCUUCCGGAUCCAGCUGGAAGUAUUACUGAGUUUUCUAGCGCGUUGACGGAAAUAAGAAGCAAGACGACGAGAGCAGAGUAAAAGAUUUAAAAGCUACAGACGUAUUUAAAAAAAACAAAACAAACUGAAGUAUUUUCAUUACGGUUUACAUUUAGUGUCAUCAUGUACUUCAUGUGAUGAAAAAACCAAACUGUAAUGCCCUCUGGUGGAAGGUUUAUACGGAAACGAGGACAGUCCGGGACUUUAACUAUCCUGCAGAAGAACUCUUUUAAUAAUAGAAGGAUUAAUAUAUGCAAAAAUAAAAGAUUUAUUAAAUAAGGAUCUAGAAACAAAAAAAAAAAAAUCCUAAUUUAAACUGCUUUGACUGUGACUCUAAAGCUGAAUAAAUGCUUGGUUUUGGUCUAAUGGAGGACUUCUAUACCUCUGGCAGAAACUUGGACUGGAAGCAUAAUGUGAAACGGUAAAAUGGGGUUUCAUGUGUUUUUGUUUUUUUUUUCUAGACAAUCUCAGCCUAAAUAUCCCAGAUAGACUUAAAAAAAAUGUCAAAAUGAAAUGGCACAGACUUUAAAUUAAAAUUGAAACUUUUUAAUCUGUAUUGCUAGUGGAUAUGAAAUAUGAAUUUAUGAGGUUGGUAAUUCCUAAAGGUUAAAAAAAAAAGUAAAAUCUAUCAUCGGUUGACGUCAUAGAGGCAGUGGGAUCAGUGCUGCAGAUGUGGAUCAGAUCUCUGCUACAUCUGUUCAUACUGACCUUUUUCUUGUUGAUGCUUUGAGUCAAUUGUGCCAGUUUCCAAUACAGUCUUAAGAAAUGAUUUUGUGCUAAAAGACAACAGCCGGCGGUAAGGAGAGUGGAAAAUCUACAAGAGGUCUGCAAAAACCUUUGGGAGGCUCAUGUCAUUCCAACAUUUGUGUCCAGAUUGAUUUACUCGAAGUGAAGCUGCGCAUGACAACUGACUGUACAUUUGUGCUUUUGUUUGUAAAGAUGAAUUUUAGUCUUUUCCUUUCCCUGUUGACUUCAUCUGUUGUUUUUUUUGUUUUUUGCCUUUUUUUUAAAUGCCAUCAAAUGUGGUGAAAUUUUAAACAAGUGGCAAUAAAUAUAAUUUACUGGCUAAA